AUGCAAAACACGCAGAUGCCGGCUGUAAAUCCAUCACACACUAACUUUGCUCCUAGAGCUAACACGCACGAUCUGUAAGUUUCGUUCAUCGAAUUUCUCACUGUUCUUCGUACUUUUAGCUCACAAUUGAUCAACGCUAUAACCGUCAAAGAUCCUAUAUACACGAUGCCCAUCUCGGUCAAACCGAAAACUCGUGAGCCGGCAACAUUCACAGAUAAUAGGUGCUUUCUCAUCCAAUUACUUGAUCAUUAUUCAUCAAUCAUAUUUCAGGAUAUAUGUCAGCAACAUUCCAUUUUCUUUCCGUGAACAAGACUUGGCUGCUAUGUUUUUCCCGUAAGAAAUAUCCGACUCUUUAGUUUUUACUUAUCUUUCCCCGUUCAGAUACGGACGUGUACUGAGCGUCGAAAUUGUCACGAACGAUCGCGGAUCCAAGGGAUUUGGUUUUGUCACUCUCGACUCGAUCGAUUCCUGCGAGAAGGCACGCGCCGCUCUCCACGAGUCUCACGUCCAGGGAAGAAUUAUUGAAGUCCGCAGAGCAACACCGACUAGAAGAAAGAUUCCGAACAACCCGCAGAAUGAGCUGGUUCCCCCUCCGAAGCUUUGUGUUGACCUUCGCGCGCCACACAAUCAGUGGCGAACGGAGCAGCAAGAUCUGGAGAACAUGAAGCGAUUUCCAGCUGCUGGAUUCAUGAUGGCUCCAUUCAACGACGGAAUCUUCGGUCCACCCACCACUCGGAAUCCGUUCGCCGAGCUCGGCGCCUUCAGUGCUCCACUUCGAUGCAUGAAGCACAGCGAACUGAAGCUCUCGUCGAACGGAGACUACUUCUGUAAAAACGGCGAGCCGACUACGGAUAACAGCCUUCUGAUGUGUAUAAACGCGCCUAACAACACGUGUAACAGAACGUGUGACUCGACGAAGCACGAGCUGUCGGACGUCGAUCUCAAUUCGGUGUUCCCGGUUCAUCUUCGCGAACAGAUCACUGCUCUUCUCGACACAUCUAACCACACGAACGGAAGCCAUCACAAGAGGGCCCCAUCCAUUGGAUCGUCCGGCUCUGGAGUGAGAUCAUCGGAAAGUGAAACCGCUUCAGGUGAGCGAUUGAAAUGUAGGAAAUCUAUUUUACGGCAAAUUUGCAGAUGAAGAGCUCCAAUGGACUCCGAAUAGCAGCCCGGAUUUGCUCGCUUCGCUCUACGAAGGUUCGACGUCUUUCCACGGAAAACCCACGUCUCCUGACAAAUCCCCGUCCCACUAA